AUGGGAAAGGGACAACAAUAUGACGCAUCCCAUACCAAGGGGCAACCGACCGCUUCGCACGCCAUAAACAACACGAUCGGAGCGAAACAAAUUCGAAAUUCGAAUUUCGGCGCGAACUCAACGCCACGCCGCCGGCCGUUCGAUCCGAGGGCCAGGCGAAAGUCGACCGUAAACUGCGGUGACAGAUCUCAAAUCGGCUCGACGUCGCAA